AUGGUCUCUUCGGGACCAAAGCAAUUCCAAUACCUACUAGUCCUUACUGACUACUUCACUAAAUGGAUCGAGGCCAAACCAUACCAACAAACGACCGAACUCGAGGUCCGGAAAUUUAUCUGGAAAGACAUCAUUUGUCGACACGGGCUCCCUUUCGAGAUCGUGACAGAUAACGGAUCUCAGUUCAUAGCUCGAACAUUCAAAGACUUCUGCAAGAAGUGGAACAUACGCAUAACGUAUUCCACACCUCGUUAUCCUCAAGGAAACGGGCAAGCUGAAGCAACAAACAAAACCCUCUUGAGUAACCUCAAGAAACGGCUCGACGCCCGUAAACAUAGGUGGUCCGAAGAGCUCGCAGCAGUUCUUUGGGCUUGCCGAACUACACCUCACAAAGCUACCCAUGAGACCCCGUUCUCAUUAGCUUACGGGCUAGAGGCCGUCAUCCCAACUGAAACUUCCGUUCCAAGUCUUCGCAGGAUGCAAUGUCCAGCGAACGUCGAGCUGAACGAAGAAAUGUUGAGAGAUCACCUUGACCUUAUCGACGAACGUCGAGAUCAAGCUCUGAUCCGGAUACAAAACUAUCAACAGGCCGCAGCUCGCUAUUAUAAUUCCAAGGUCAAGCACCGAAGAUUUCAUAUAGGCGACAUGGUCUGA